UCUUGACUUUGCAAAAUUUAAAUAAAUUUAUAAACUCUAACAAGAACUUGACUACUUCUCAAUCCUUUUGCAUCCUAGUUUCGAAUAGUAUUUAUUUGCGAUUUUAAGAGUUUGUCGUACGAAAGUAGUACUUUUCCAAUAUGCCCGAAGCCAAAACUACAGCAAAAGCGUCCAAGUCGAACCGUGUAGCUUAUAAAGACAAGGAGAAGCCGACUGAAAUUCGCUUCACAAACAUAAAUGCAGCAAAAGCGGUCGCCUCUGCUAUUCGUACAAGCCUUGGUCCAAAAGGGAUGGACAAAAUGAUCCAAAGUGGUAAUGGGGAUGUUACGAUCACCAAUGAUGGAGCUACUAUUUUGAAACAAAUGCAAGUGUUUCACCCUGCAGCUAAAAUGUUGGUAGAACUGUCGAAAGCCCAGGAUGUUGAGGCAGGUGAUGGCACAACGACUGUUGUUGUCAUCGCUGGAAGUCUUCUUGAUGCUGCAGCAAGAUUGCUUGAGAAAGGUAUUCAUCCUAUGAACAUAUCUGAUGCAUUUGGUGUAGCAUGUGAAAAGGGAGUUGAGAUACUAAAAAACAUUGCAGUCCCUGUUGAACUGAAUGACAGAGAAUCCUUGUUAAAAAGUGCUUCAACUUCUCUUAAUUCAAAGGUUGUGUCUCAAUAUGCCAGCCUUCUUGCACCAAUAUCUGUUGAUGCUGUGUUGAAUGUUAUUGAUCCUAAAACAGCAAAUAAUGUUAACCUAAAAGAUAUUAGAGUCAUCACAAAAUUAGGAGGGACAGUUGAAGAUACAGAGAUGGUUGAUGGUUUAGUUUUAGAGCAGAAAAUAUCUCAUCUAGCUGGUGGAGUUUCAAGUAUAGAAAAAGCAAAGAUUGGCCUGAUUCAGUUCUGUUUAUCAGCCCCUAAAACAGAUAUGGACAACCAAGUUAUUGUGUCAGACUACACUCAAAUGGAUAGGGUGUUACGAGAAGAAAGACAAUACAUACUAGAUUUAUGUAAAAAGAUAAAGAAAGCUGGUUGCAAUGUACUCCUAAUCCAGAAAUCUAUUUUACGGGAUGCUAUAAAUGACCUAGCACUACAUUUCUUAACAAAAAUGAAAAUAAUGGUUUUACGUGAUAUAGAAAGAGAUGAGAUUGAGUUUAUAUGUAAGAGUCUUGGGUGCAGACCAGCUGCAAGUGUAGACCAUUUUACACCAGACGUCUUGGCAUCAGCAGAGUUAGUUGAGGAGGUUUCAACAGGAGCUGCUAAAGUUGUAAAGAUAACAGGCAUACAGAAUCCUGGCAAGACAGUGAGUAUACUGGUUCGGGGAUCAAAUAAACUCGUCCUAGAGGAAGCUGAACGCUCUCUGCAUGAUGCACUGUGCGUUGUAAGAUGUCUUGUAAAAAACAGGGCACUCAUAGCAGGUGGUGGUGCCCCAGAAACAGAACUCUCCAUAAAUCUCGCACAAUAUGCAAACACUCUCUCAGGCAUGGAUUCGUACUGCGUGCGAGCCUUUUCAGAAGCAUUGGAGAUCGUUCCAUAUACCUUGGCUGAAAAUGCUGGCCUUAAUCCCAUCGCGACCGUCACUGAACUGAGAAAUAAGCAUGCGCAAGGAGAGAAGAACGCUGGUAUAAAUGUUCGUAAAGGAACAAUAACCAAUAUUUUGGAUGAGAACGUCUUGCAACCAUUAUUGGUGUCGACCAGCGCUUUGACAUUGGCUUCAGAGACCGUUAGAAGUAUCCUAAAAAUUGACGAUAUUGUGAACACAAGGUAACAACAUCAGACCAUAUUGCUGUGGAGAUUUCCGAUUGUUGUCAAGCUGGGUUGUUGAAACGGUUGCUUAGUCAUUAUUAAAGAAUGUGUAAUUUUGAUUGUUAAAAAGAAAUAAAUAU